AUCCAAUCGGUUUCAAGGAUUCGGACACGUGGAUAUGCAGUGAUCGAUCAUGGCUCGUGGGAAGAUAUUGCCAUUCCUGUCAACCAUACUAUCGGGUAUCCUCAUCCUCCUUUCUUCAGUCAAGUUCAAUGUCUCUGGCGCGUCCUUCAGCGGCUCAACAGCCUGCUGACACCCUUCCCCCCACAGCCAGAGCAAUCGCUCUUCUCCUUGCAUCCACACCAACGGUACAAGAUGCCCAGCUAGGCGUUUUACAUCAACUCCUGGAAUUCGCUCAUCGAUAUACCGCUCAAGUACUUUCUGAUGCACAGGUAUACGCAGAGCAUGCAGGGCGCUCCGGCGCGUCAAAGAUAGAGAUGGAUGAUAUUGUUCUCGCUAUACAAGCUCGCGUGGGUUGGGAGUUUGGUGGUCGUGUACCCAAGGAGUAUAUUUUAUCAUUAGCAUCUCAGACAAAUGCUACACCACUUCCUUCUGUUCCAGAAGUAUUCGGUGUCAGGCUCCCACCCGCAUCUGAGACGCUUACUGCUGUCAACUUUGAUCUCGUGCCCAAUAAACCACCUCCAGACGCGAAACUUUACGACGAGGAGGUCGAAGAGAUUGAGGAGGAAGACGAGGAGGAGCUGCCGGACGGUCAAGAUGAGGAUGAGGAUGCUGACAUGGAGCCUGCUGCCAUACCAUACACCAGUGCAGCUCCCAUUACACCAACUGAUGUUGACAUCAGCGCUGGCACACCUGCACCUGUCGUUGCAGCAGAAGCACUGGAAGAAAACAGCGAUACCGAGGAAGCGGAUGGUCUAUUUGGCGGCGAGGGUGAUGAUGAUGACGAUAUUUCAGGUGAUGACGCAAUGGAGGAGGUGCAGACUACGGGAGAAACGCAAACAAACGGCGUGAAGCGGAAACUUGUUGAGGAGGAUGAUUAUGACUAGAGACUUUAUCACUCUUGGUUUUCUUGCGACGGUUGAGAGUGUGCUUUGAGUAUGUAUUAUAGCCUACUCUAAUAUGUAUAUGCUGGGAUAAUGAACCAUAAAUGCCUGUGGAUAA